GCGGGGCUGGGCUGGCUUGCUGUGGGCCAGCUCCUGGGGCUGGGCUGAGGAUGGAGCUAGAUGCUCGCCUGCAGCCUUUCUGCCCUUGGCUUUCUUUGGUGAAUGUCAUUGGUGUUUUCUUCAGAACCAUGAGGGCAACCACAGAACAAUUCCUUAGGCUGCCCAGAUUGUGCUGGGUUGGAAGGGACCCUCCAAGGGCAUCUAGGCCAACCCUGCUGUGGGCAGCAAGGACACCUUCAGCUAGAGCAGGCUGCCCAGGGACACAUCCAGGCUGAGCUUGAAUGUCUGCAGGGAUGGGGCCUCUGCCACAUCCCUGAGCAACCUGCUCAUGGUUUUACCCCCCCCACGUUGUGCAGAACUCAGUCCCUCUCAGCCCCAGGUGCUGGCCGCUGCAGGCAGCCGCAGUGGCAGGGUCUGCACAGUUGGUUGUGUGCAUCCCUGGCUCCUGACAGGCUGUAGCUGUGCUUUUCUCUCUGGGCCUGCUCUAGAGGUUCUCUUAGAGGUAGAGUGAGAAAGAAAUUUAGAAUGGGUUGCAUUGGAAUGGACCUGCAAAGGGCAUCCAGUCCAACUCCCUGCACUCAGCAGGGACAUCCUUCACCAGGUCAGGUUUCUCAGAGCCUUCUACAGCCUCACCUUGAGUAUCUCCAGGCAUGGGGCCUCAACCACCUCCCUGGGCAACCUGUGGCAGUGCUCCAGCAGCCUCCUGCUGCAGAACUUGUUCCUCACAUCCAAUCUCAAUCUACUUUGCUCCCAUUCCAAACCACUGCCCUGGUCCUGUCCCUGCAGGCCUUUGGGCACAGUCCCUCUGCAGCCUUCUUGUAGCCCCUUCAGGCACUGGCAGGCAGCUCUGAGGUUCCCCUGGAGCCUUCUGCUCUCCAUGCUGAACACUCAGCCUGGCCCCAUAGCAGAGGUGCCCCAGCAGCCUUGAUCAUCUUGGUGGCCUCCCCUGGACCUGCUCCAUCAGGUCCGUCUUCCCUUAGAACUUGUUCGACUGCACCUUGAGCUGGCUCAAGGGAGUGAAGUGCCCAAAAUGAGGGGUGGGAAUUAAAAAGAGGAAAAGAUCCAAAAAGUCGAAGUGUUUAGCUGCCUGAAAUAUUUUCACCUGGUCCAGCUCCUUCCUCUGGGCCACCAGAUAGCUGAGUGCUGGCAGACUCGGGGGAUGCGACUGGGAUAAAGUGGCCAUUUGGCUUGGAGCAGCACAAACCACACCCUCGGCAGCAAUACCUUCUGUUGCAUCCUAGGAGACACCUAGGGCAGUCUGGAGCAGCUAGCCCUGAGCCCCCUGCCCGUGUCCUGUGAGGAACGUUGUUUGUGGCAGCAGUGGUUGGAGGACACUGUGUCCAGACAUGUCUGUGAGCCCGGGGGGACACAGGAAAGGAGAGGACAAGAGCUGGAAAAGCAACAAAGGCAGGCCUGUGAGGGACUGACUCUUUCCCUUCGUGCACUUGGACAGAGGAGUUAGGCAGGACUCAAGAGCAGAUACGGGAAUAAAGUGCAGCCCCUGUCUGUGACGCCCGCGGGGCAGCUCACAGCUCCUUCUGCUGGGGAGAGUGAGAGCCAGAGCAGGCAGAGCUGCUUUGCAGGGAGAUGCCGGAGCCUGAGUGCCACAGGGAUGCUUCUGUCGCUUGGUGGCUUUGCUGGUGCUCUACAGGAUAAUGCUGGGCAAACAGCUAGAUCCAGCUGGAUCCCUUCUCUGCCAGGGAGAGAGGCUGCACGGAGCAGGUGGGCAGGAGAAACAGCAAAACCAUGAUCAGAGUCUGCUGCAGAGCCCCAGAAGUGCAUCCUUAGUGAUGUGGCAUUAGGGCUCUGCCUGCAGGUUGUCCCUCUUCAGGAGCUGUUUGCAUUGCAGAAAUGCUUCCAGCUCGCUCCCUCCACCUCUUCUCUGACUCUGCCCAGGCUGGGGCUGAGCCAUGGCCCUCAGCACCACAGCUCUGCCUCUUGGGAACACCUCUGGGGGUGGGCAUUCAACUACCCGCCAGGGCAGCCUGUGCCAGGGUUUGAGAAGCCUUUCAAUGUGGAAGUGUCUCCUAAGGUCUAACCUAAACCUCCCCUGGGGCAACUUGAGGCCAUUUCUUCUUGUUCAUUGGGAGAAGAGCCCAAUCCCCACCUGGUUCCAGCCUCCUUUCAAGGAGCCGUAGAGAGCCAGAAGGUCUCCCCUCAGCCUCCUUUUCUCCAGCUCCCUCAGCUGCUCCUCCCCAGCCCUGUUCCCCAGACCCUUCUGCAGCUUGAUUGCCUUUCUGUGGCACUUCUACAGCCCCUCAAUGUCCUUUUUGGAGUUGGGGUGCCAAAACCAACCUCAGCAUUAGUGUAAGACUAGGUUCAGGGAGCCCUUCUGUUGCUUAGGUUCAGCCUUGGUGGUGCACAGCCUUUGAAAGGUCAAAAAGCUCUCUGCAGUUGGUGUCUCACAGCUUGAGCACAGAGGGUCUUCCUCAACUCCUCAUCUUCAGACUCCACGAGGUCCUGGGCAGCCUGCUCCUGCUGCCUGCAGGGGGUUGGAGCACAUACACUCUAAGGGUCCCUCCCAACCCGAAGCAGUCUGUGAAUCUCCUUCCCUCAAAGUGUGCUGCAGCCAUGGACUCACAGCCAGCGCUCAUCCCUUGGAUGCCUUUGUCCAGAAAGGGGAAGCUCUGGAGAUUAACCCUAAAAAUCACCCCCUGCACCCUUUUUAUCUUGCCCUCGGGCCCAUUGGAAUACCAUUUAAAGGAUCCACAAGGUCCUUCCUAACGUUAGGGGCUCUGUGAGGUCUGCUCCCCCCUGCACACACACACACGUCCUCCCGGGAUGCCUGCGCUGGGAUCCCAGCUUGGCCUCAGAGCUUGGAGUGGAAGCGCCAGAAGUUAUUACUCUGCAUUAAGCGGUUUGUAGGUGCUUGGGGCGCAAGAGUGCAUCUCCGGCCUGCAAAGUUAAUGAGUGCUGAGGCCAAGGAGGGGGGGGGGCUGAAAUGUGAGUGCCUGAGAUGAGGAGAGAGGGCACGGGACUGAGAAGCAGAAGGCAGCUUUGAUGUCUGCUGCCUUUGAAGUGAGGGGCUCCUGGUUUAUUAUCCUUAGCACUGUGCUGAGCGAGGAGGGAGGGAGCUUGCUUAGCCCUGAGUCGUGGCUCCGCAGGUCAGUCAGACUGUGCUGGGUUUCACCCACUCAGGAGGUUGGAGCAGAUGAGCCCUGAGGUCCCUUCCAACCUGAGCUAUUCUGAGAGUCUGUGAUGACUUCUCAGUUCUGGGGUUCUGGGAUGACCUCACCCAUUCACCAUGUUCUGGCCACCCCAGAACUACCUGGGUGGAGCACAUCAACCCCCGACCGGGAGCCCGCGGCAAACCCACCUGGAGCGCGCAGCCCUCCAGCGCUCCCGCUGCAGCGCCAGCCGAAAGCCUUGGAGGCCACGUGAGGGCUGCUGAGAUUUCCCCUCUCCAUCCCUGGCAGGGCUGCAGGAUGAUUCUUUUCUUCCCCCCUGCUCAUUUUGCGUCAAGCAGAAUCUCUUUGUAGAGGCUCCAGCUAGCCGGGUGGGGGUGAGCCCGAGGGCUUUGCGCUGCAGACUGUGAGGGAGCCUCCUGAAGGUGCCAGGGUUUCCUGGAGGCCUGGCUGGGAAGCCUUGGAGCUUAGGCUGGGUGUGGUGAGCUUUUCCUGCCUGGCUCCCUCAGCUGAAGUCCUGCAUCUCUGCACCCACCAGCAGGUCCCUCCCCAUGAGCCAGGCAGGGAGUUCUCCUUCCACACAUCAUUCCAUUUUGCUGCAGUCAUACUCACCAGACAGCACAGCCCAACGCCUCCCACGCUGCUGCUAAGCUCCCACGGGGGCAGGGAAAGCUUCCUGGGCCUGGGGAAACAUCUGACCUGCAGCUCCGGGCCUCCCCUGCAAGGCAUCAGACUGCUGCCAGAACAGCAAACUGUUACUUUAGAAUCCCAGAAGGGCUCAGGCUGGAAGGAUCCUCAGAGCUCCUCUGCUCAAACCUCCUGCCAUGCCCAGGGACACCUCCCAGCUAGACCCAGCCGCUCCAGGCCUCAUCCAGCCUGGCCUUCAUCUCCCUCAGGAAGGAGGCAGCCACACCCUCCCUGGGCAGCCUGUGCCAGGCUCUCACCACCCUGGUACUGAAGAGCUUCUUCCUCAGCUCCAGUCUAACCCUUCUGUCCAGGUGGGUUGUGGAGUUCUUGUCUCUGGAGACUUUCCAGACCCAUCUGGAUGCCUUCAUGGCAGCAGGUACCGAACCAGCUUCCGGCCACGCUACACAGUGGCCUACAAGACGGUGACGGAGCUGGAGUGGAGAUGUUGUCCUGGCUACAAAGGGGAGGACUGCAGAGAGGGCCCAGCAGAGAAGCCCAGCGCCGCCCGCCGGCCCAGCACGCCUGCCAGAGCUGCGAUGAAGAAGGGCCUGGCAGGCACAGAGCCCACAGAAGCUCCGGAGCCUUCUCUGCAGGAGAAGAAGCUGCAGUUCCUGGAGGAUGAGCUGUUCCGGCUGACACGCUCCGUGCUGGAGCUGCAGUCCUCCGUGGCAGGGGUGAACGAAAACCUGAAGCUGACUGUCCAGGAAGAUGCCAGCAGGAUGCUGGUCACUUGGCUGAACAACCUCUAUGACCGCCCAGAGCCUGACAGUGCUGUGGCUGGGGACACUGACACCAUCCAGCUGCCCGGGCUCCUCAGCAGAGAGCAAAAGGAUCCUUUUCUUGAUUUGGAGGUGGAAGAUCUGAAGUCUGAGCUUGCCGAGGUGAAAGAGGCCCUGAAGGUGAGGAAUGAGAAGCUGGAGGAGCUGACUGGGAAGGUGAAAGGCUACGAGGGUCAGCUGAAAGAGCUGCAGGGGGCAGCACGAGGGCCACCGCUGUCGCUGCCCAAGGACAACGUCUACCAGGACUAUAUCGAUUCCAAACUGGAGUCCAUCAGGCAGGAGCUGCUGGAGGGCUUUGAGAAGAGGAUGGCAGAGCUGAAGAGCUCCUGCGAGUGCAAACCGCAGCACGUCCAGCAGCAGUGUGAGCAGGGCGGCAGCUGCUCGGGAGCCAGGGAUGUGCCCAGAGGGAAGGAGGAGAGCAGCGCCCCCCGGGCUCAGGCGCCAUCCGCCCGGGCCGGCUGCUGCUGGGAGGGCGACGGGAGUGGCGCCGGGCAGCAGCUGCAGGAUCUGGAGAAGAAGCUGGACCGCGUGGCCGAGGCUCACCGCAUCCUCAACGUGCGCAUAGACAACGAGAUCGCGCGGCUCUCCGCCCCCGACCUGGAGGACAUGUUCGCGGAGAGGCUGCAGGAGCUGGACGCCAGGAUGAACGCCACAGAGCGCAACGCCGAGGAGCACUGCUUCUACGUGGAGGAGACCCUGCGGGGGGCCAUGGCCGCCGAGGCGGAGGAGCUGAGGCACCUCUUCGACCAGAAGCUGCGGGCUCUGGAAACCAGGCUAGGCGGCACCAUCUUGGAGAUGGCCAACGCCACCGACCCCGACGGGCUCUACCUUCAUCCCGGGCCCCUCCCGCCCGGGGACGGGGGCUUUGGCAGCGAGCAGCUGGCAACAGAGGUGGACACCUUGCGGAAGAAGCUGCUGUCCCUGGAGCAGCUCUGCGGGCAGGAGGGUCUGACCGCUGGGCGUGGCACCGGUGAGCUGCGGGAGCGGCUGCGGAGCUGUGACGAGAAGUACGAGGAGCUGCGCGGCGGGAUGGAGAGCGGCUCCGCGCUGCUGCGAGCACUCAACGGCUCCCUGCAGGAGCAGCUGGGCCUGAUCAGGGGUAACCAGCGUGACAUCCAAAAGGUGCAGCGCGAUGCCCGCCUGGCCCGCCACAGCCUGGGGCUGGUGGACAGAGACCUGAAGGCUCUGCGGGAUGGCCUGAGCAACUGCAGGGAGCAGCUCCUGGGCGUCAACUCCACCUGCAGGAAGGCCCAGAGAGGGGUCUUCAGGAAGCUCGACCAGAUGCAGAAGACCUUUGCCAACCAAACGGCCCAGCCUGGGGAGGGCUGCUGCGGGGAGGUGAAGGAAGGCCUGGAGCGGCUCAGUGAGCAUGUCCACGGCCAGCUCAGCUGGUGCCAGGAGCGGGCUGGUGGCGGGCAGGAGGGUGCAGUGGCCGUGGAGAGCAGGGUAUCACGCAUGGAGAAGGUCUGUGGCAGGCUGGAGGAGGUCUCGGGCGGCCUGCAGAGGGUGAAGGAAGGCCUGGAGAGGCACCUGGGCAGCCUCUGGAGCAGCGUCUGGCAGCUGAACGACAGCCUGGCAGCACAGGGCAGGGACAUCGCCAGUCUGAACGGGCAGCUGCGCGGCAUCCUAGCGGCGCCCACGGGCACAGGGCGGUCAGAAGCACCACAGCAGCCACUGCCCCCCAGAUCCCCUGUGCAGCCGCAGCCUGGCACCCCGCUGCUGCCGUCGCAGCCGAGGACACAGCCCCACUGGCACAGGCCGCCCCUGCAGCCCCCGCAGCCCAGGCCCCUGCCUCGCCCCGUGCUGCCCGGCUCGGGGGGCGUGCCACUGCUGCCUGGCACCACCGGGGUCAUCCUGGAGACGGGCGAGGCAGGGCCCCCGGGCACCCUGCUGAUGGCAGGCCGGGGGCGGCUGCGCAGCACCGAUGGGCAAGCCGGGCACAGCGCCGUGCCCAGCGCCGAGGGCUACGCCGGCGCACCAGGAUACCCAAAGCUGUCUGCACCUGCCACGGGCUCACCAGGCCCUGCUGCCGCCACAGCCUCCCUGGUGUCCUUCUCGGCGGGGCUGACGCAGAGGCCGUUCCGCAGCGGCGCCGGGGUGGUUCCCUUCAACAAAGUGCUGCUCAACGAUGGAGACGCCUACGACCCGCAUACAGGCAUCUUCACGUGUCCCCGGGAGGGUCGCUACCUGCUGACGGCGGUGCUGGCCCCGGAGCGCGGCGCCUUCGCCGAGGCUGUGCUGUCGGUGUCCAACCGCAGCGUGGCGCAGCUGCACACCGCCGGCUACCGCCGCGAGCUGCCCGAGCAGCGCCGCGCGCCCCCCGGGCAGGCUGCCUGCGGCGGCGCCGGCGCCUUCCAGCUCGUGCUGCACCUGCGCGCGGGCGACCAGGUGGGCGUGGUCCUGACCGGGGGCAGCCUCGGCUACGGCGCGGACGAGACCUACUGCACCUUCAGCGGCGCCCUGCUGUACCCCGCACCGCGCCCCUAGCCUGCGCCCCCGCCCCGGGCCGGCGGAGAGACCUGCUGCGCCUGCGCGGCCUGCGGAGAGACCUGCUCCACCUGCGCGGCUUGCGGAG